UUUUCAGCUAUUUUUGCAGUCUCCGUAUUAGGCCUACUCAUAGGGCAACUGGACGCUGUUCCAGUGCCACAAUUUAUCGGCGUGGAACUUCCUCUACCCAUAGCUGUCGAGGUGCCAUUUUAUGGAUCGUCGUACUAUGGAUCACCGUAUUAUCCCCACCACCAUCAUCACUAUUCACCAUACGACGACUACUAUUACCAUGAUCAUGGUCAUCAUCACCACCAUCAUUAUUGAUAAACUUCACAACGAAGUGACCUAAGUGACAACUGUCACAAAAACACAAAACAGUUUUAUACGAAAUAUAAUUUAUUUACGUCAAAAUCAAAAAUUGCGUUUUACGUUUUUGCACAACGAAAUAGUGAGCGUCAAUUGUGUUUCUAUACAAAAUUAUUAAUAGUUCAAUUCAAUGCUCGAACCCGCGCUAAACACUCAGCACAAAAAAGCUUCUCUGAAAGCUUGUGUUUAUUCGCUGACCUUGAACUGGGAAGUGCAACAACAAUAAAUACAACAGGCAAAUCAAUGCAACUGCCUGCAGUGAAAACCAACAAAAUUCAAUGUCAGUGCCAAGAGUAAAAGAGCUUUUUAAAUUUUGCCGCUUUUGCCGCAAUUGCAUACUUUCAGGCGGCACAUUACGUAUACGGCCGUGUGACAUACAAAAGAAAAUGCAAACAAAAAAGUAAAAACAAAAAAAAUUAUUUAUAAAUAAAAUAAAUUUUAAAUAUACUUAAGAGUAAUAAUGAUCAGAGAAUUUUGCGUGUUUGCGAGCAUUUCGAAAUCAGUUUUUGAGACAAUUUUAGCCUGCUCUACAGAGCAAACUGUUGCUAAUACCUGCAGAUGUUGUUUGGGGGGGACCAGUUUAGUGGGUGACAGUGAAGGCGCCGCAUGCCAAAAUUUGAUCAUGACCGCGUAAAAAGAAAAUGAAAUUCAACUGGCUAAAUAUAAGCAUAUAAACAAACAAACAAUAAAACGCGAACAGCUAUCAAAAUACGUUUGUAUCAAUUAAAUUGAAAAUAUUGUGUAACAAACGCGUUCGUUCAAUAUGAAUAAAACCAUACUGCAUUGGAGUUAUUUGAACUUUAAGGAUGUGCCCAUGGACUUAUUUCUCUACGAGGACCUUGAGGAGGUUUAUCUCAAAGAGAACUACAUUUCCGUCAUACCCAAAUGGCUGCUCAAUAUUACCACGCUAAAGUUCAUCCAUUUGGCGGGUAACAAUCUUAGUGAACUGCCCGUCGACAUUUAUAUGUUGGAGAAUCUGGAGUUCCUCGAUGUUUCCAACAAUGUGCUCAAGGAACUGCCUAACACAUUGGGACUAUUGCUGCAACUUCAACAACUUAAUGUCAGUGGCAAUCAGUUAACGGAACUGCCAAAAGAGCUGAGUAGCUUGCGCAAUUUAGAGCAUUUGAACAUUGCCAACAAUCAGUUCCGUCGCCUGCCCCUGCAGCUAAGCGAAUGUGUGCGUCUCAACGAGCUCAACGUGAGCGACAACGAGGCGCUAUUGCAUCUGCCUGAGCGCAUUGCCAAUCUGCCCAUGCUGCAGUCACUUGCCGCCGAUCGCUGUGCUCUUAUUUAUCUACCGGCGGCGCUCUCAAAGUUUAUGAAUCAUGUGCGCAUCUUUCACAAUACCUCCGUCAAUUAUAUACCCAUGAUCUACGAGCGUUUCUAUCAGAAUUUCUACGACAACAGGCAGAAAUUAACACCGCUUUCCAUCCCGAAAAAGGGUCUCUUCUGGGUGCGUGAGCUAGAAAACCGCAAUCGCUUGCUUCUGCCGGUGGGUACACGCAAAAUCUUUCCCGUCCCCUCGCCAGAGAACCAAGUCACACUCUACGAUGAUUGUUUGCAUGCGGUAGAAAAGCUGAAUCGCCAAAUACCCAUCUAUGAGAAUGAUGCACUCCAUCGUCUGCUGCCCGAGCCAUACAUGAGUGCACACAUCAACAAUGGGCCUAUUGCCCGAUGCACGACUACAAACUGUUCCCGAUGCCUCUAUACAACCUACUACUUCAUGGUUGUCAAGCGACGCGGCAGUGCCUCGAAACAGUUGUUCACCUGUAACUUCUGCACACAGAACUGCGCACUCCAAUGGCUUUCAAGCAACUCGAAGAAAUAUUAUCAACUGAACUGGAAAGUUUCUGAUGACGACGACGAAUAUGAUGAUGAUGAUGAUAAUGAUUAGAGAUUUCGCGACAUUUUACGAUACUUGUGGAUGUUUGUAUAUAAAAUUUGCAACGUUUAAUUAAGUGUUAGUUUCAUAAAUGUUAUUUAAUCACCUAAGCGUAUUUUGUUGUGAAGAGGUCAUUAAAGUGUCCCAAC